UAGAGAUCGGGCUCGUUAUUCCAUCGUCAUAUUCACUUGGUUGAGAAAAUUUGGAAUGGACGAAAAAGCACUUGAGGAAUCGUUGGAAUUGUAUAAAUCACAGUUACUCCAAGUAGAACAGACUCUUCAGGCCGCGGGAUCAGUGGAGAAUGCAGAUCUAUUGCAAUUACGUGAGGAUCUUAAGGAACUGGUGUCCUUGACAGAAGAUGGGUUGCUUUCGUUAAAAAAGAGCAACAUUCUCAAAAGUUUAGAAAAUGAAACCCCUGACAACUCUAAGGAUGAUGAGUACGCAGCAUUUCAAGCAGCAAUUGCCGCCGAGGAAUGUAACGAGAAAGAGUCUGUUGACAGUGAACAUGGUAAAUUUACUGUGCAUGAUCAUGAUGAUUAUCCAACUUUCAUAAAUGGUGAUAACAGUGCAUCAAAGACUGAAACAAGCUGUUCUAGCAACACAGAUCCUGUUUGUAAGCUAAAACAAAACAUCAAGGAGGAGUUAUCAGAAAUAGUGGGGACUCUGUGCCGUGCACCAUACCUACAUGAAUGGGGGUCAUCAAGUUACCACAAUGCCAUGGUGACAGACAUUGAUAUAUCAGAUGAUAAUGAAGUUAUGGUGUCAGUGUUGUUUUGUAAUCCGACUCAUGAAGGCAUGCUUCCGUGUGAGUAUCAUAUAGAGGGGAAGUGCAAAUUUUCGGCUGAUCAGUGUAGAUUCUCUCAUGGAGACUCAGUAAAGCUCGAAGAUCUUCGAGAGUACACGGAACCCAAGUACAGUUCACUGAAAAUGGAGUCUCCUUGUUUAGCUCUUUUCACAGAUGGUCUUUGGUAUCGUGCAGUGAUUGUUGACAUUCUGGACAAAGAUCACCAAUUCACAGUGUCGUAUGACAAUUACGACGAAACCGCAACUCUGGAUAUGAAAGACAUUCUGCCCCUUCACUCGACAGAUUCUGGUUCAAGUGAUGAGGAGGAUGAGGAUGGGGAAGAAAACUGGAAAACAAAUGUUGGUGAUGAUGAUGAUUCAAACAAUGAUUCAUCAGAGGAGGAAAUGAUGCCAAGGUACUUUAUGAGACCAACCCAAACAACAGAGGCACUGGGAGUGUGGGAGGAACACACAAGGGGAAUUGGGUCAAAGCUGAUGGCCAAAAUGGGGUACAUCUUAGGGCAGGGACUGGGGAAAAUGUGUCAAGGUCGGGCGGAGCCUGUUCCAAUCCAGUUGAUUCCUCAAGGGAAAUCCCUGGACAAAAUAAUGGAGUUGAAAGAAAAAGCAGGAGAUUGUGACAUGUUUAAUGUGUCAAAGAAAAUGGGCAGGAAAAAAACAACAAAGAAAACUAAUAGCUUAUCACGGGGAAGUGUGAAAUCCUCAGAUGUGUUCAAGUUUAUCAAUAAGAAGCUAGGUGGUAAGAAAGGAAAUAUCAAGGAGCUGAUUCACCAUCCAAAUCCGAAAUCCAAAAAUGCUCCAGUCAGGAUUCUAGAGAAGGAACUCUCUGGUCGCAGUGAUAGGAAUUUGAAUGUUCAGCUACUCAAAACAGAGGAGGAAAUCAGAACCACAGAGAGGGAACUUUCACAGCUCAACCAAGCACUGAAGAGACAUGAAAAAAGAGAUGAAGGAAUGGCCAAGCAAUACAGAGCCAAAAUUGCUAAAACUGAGCAUUAUUUACAAGAACUAAAAACAUCAGAGAAAACAAUACAAAGUCACAAAACCAAGAGGGGAAAUCAUAAAAAGUUAACCAUAUUCUAGUCUAACUUUCAAUUUGAAAUAGCCUUUAAAUUGUGAAUUACAUGUAUGAAUACACAUAGUUGUGAGAUAUUAUAAUUGUAUGUCAUCUACAGCAUGUACAUGUACUUAUAUUUACAUCUACCAAUUAGAUUCCCUCUAUUUCUUAACGAAAACUUAAGCUUCAUUCAUAGCUCUAUAGAAACAGCCAGACUGAAAUCUACAGGCCCCAUUUAGCAAACGGUCGAAACCUACAGCGAACUAAGAAAAAUCACGGGCUGCACAAAAUAAUCAUGAUGAUGUUAGACUAAAAUUGCCAUAGGAGAUGAUUUGGCUGUUUCUUUUACCUAACUUAUUGUUGUACAUUAACAAUAAUUUUAUUUGUGAAUUUUGCUUACUUUUUUAAUGAAUUUAUUAAUUCAUUAAAAGAAAGAUGUAAAUAUAAACAAUAAAAUACUUUUUUGAUGAUUCAUAUGGGGUUAUGAAGGUAGGCAGCGAUCAUUGCAGAAAAAAUUUAAAUUUCCCGCUAAUCUGGGUUAUGUAUUUUUUCUGAAAUGUCGCCACCAUCAUAUCCCGCAUGAAUCACCAAAUAUUAAAGCAUUUUAUUGUUUAAAUGUUACAUAAAAGAAACAUCAAAUUCUUUUAAAUAUGAAAUAUUUAACUGAGCUAUUUUGAAGUCUGAUGUGAAUUUGUGCUAUAUUGAUGUAGCUAAAGUAUUGUUUGAUGGCAAAUUAUCAACUGUUACAAAAGAUGCAAAAAAAACACUUAAAUAAAGGCUAUCUGAA